GUCCUAGCGGGCAGCUUUGGCUCGGUGUAGACAGGCGGCGGCGGCCAGAGUCUAACGAGGGCGGUGGGCUCUUCGCUGGGCCCCUUCUUCUCCCGGGGCCGUUCUUGGCCUCUGCCUGGGCAUAAGGCCAUUCCUUUCCAACUUCAGCUACAGUGCUAGCUAAGUUUGGAAAGACCAAACCGAGGGAAACCGCUGCGCCCUCCUUGCACCCCUUCUUACCCCGCACCCCGUGUUUCUCUUUUCUGGACCUCGCUCUCAUCUACUUUCCACCUUCUCCCUUUCUCUUGUGUUGCUUUCUGCGCCUGAAAAGGGCUCGGCAGCCUCCGCAACUGAGCAAAAGAGAGAAAGGAGAGGGGACCCCGGAUUGCCAUGGCUCGGUCUGCAACAGAACAACAAAACAGCCGAGGCUGUUGCGAAUCCUGUGUUAGCUAUUUGACAUCUGCAAAAGUCCUCCUAUACUUUGGACAUGCCCUGUCCACUUGGGGGGAUCGUAUGUGGCAUUUUGCAGUGUCUCUCUUCCUGGUUGAAUUAUAUGGAAACAGUCUGCUCCUAACUGCUGUUUAUGGAUUGGUUGUGGCAGGAUCAGUUCUUCUUCUAGGAGCCAUUAUUGGAGACUGGGUAGACAAGAAUUCAAGGCUCAAAGUAGCCCAGACGUCCUUAAUUGUGCAGAAUGCCUCAGUGAUUUUGUGUGGCAUCCUUCUCAUGAUCGUCUUCCUGUUUAAAGCGCAACUUUUAAAUUUGUAUCAAGGAUGGCUUCUUACCUUGUGCUAUAUUCUAGUCAUCUCAAUAGCAAACAUUGCAAAUUUGGCCAGUACAGCCACAGCAAUCACCAUACAGAGAGACUGGGUGGUUGUUGUUGCUGGUGACAAUAGAAGCAAAUUAGCAGAUGGUGAAUCGAAGGGCACCGAAGGAGUCCAGUUAAUUCACAAGAAAGAGACCGCCGUUUCUGAGCCUGAACAGGAAAAUGCUAGCUGUCUUUCUCGCAUGGCUGAGCCCUUCAGUACAUUCCGUGACGGAUGGGUUUCCUACUAUAACCAGUCGGUGUUCCUUGCAGGUCUGGCCCUGGCAUUCCUCUACAUGACCGUCCUUGGCUUUGACUGCAUUACCACUGGCUAUGCAUACACUCAGGGAUUGAGUGGCUCCACUUUAAGCUUAUUAAUGGGGGCCUCUGCCGUAACUGGAAUCCUGGGAACAGUAGCCUUCACUUGGUUGCGUAACAAAUGUGGGUUAAUCCGCACAGGCAUCAUCUCUGGAAUUGCCCAGCUGUCUUCUCUUGUUUUGUGUGUGAUCUCCGUCUUCACGCCAGGAAGUCCUUUGGAUCUCACUGUUUCCCCCUUCGCUGACAUCAGUGCUAGGCUGUUUGAAAGCAACCCAUUACCCACCUUGGCACCUAAUGGUGAUUUCCUUGAAAUGGCUUUUACCACUGAAAUGCCUGCUUUGAUUAAUGCAACGUCUUCUGCUCCAGGAUUAGCUCCCAACCCAGUGUCUCUCAUCUCCGUUAGCCUUCUGUUCGCGGGAGUCAUUGUAGCAAGAGUUGGCCUUUGGUCUUUUGACCUGACAGUCACACAAUUGAUUCAGGAAAAUGUGAUAGAGUCCGAAAGAGGUAUCAUAAAUGGUGUCCAGAACUCCAUGAAUUACCUCCUGGAUCUGCUACAUUUCAUCAUGGUUAUUCUGGCUCCUAACCCUGAAGCUUUUGGACUGCUAGUAAUCAUUUCUGUUUCCUUCGUCGCAAUGGGUCAUAUCAUGUACUUCCGUUUUGCCCAUAAAAGCUUGGGGAGGAACGUCAUUCUUUGCUGUACUCCUGAGUUAAAGUCAGUUGCCAAUGAGCCUCCAAAUUCUGAUGAAUCCAAUGCGUAGAGGAUUUUGCCUCCUUCAGGUGUUUUUUUCCCAGUCCAUGUUGACUGGCAUGCUUUAUUAUGGGUCAGAAGCAGUUGGCACCUUCUAAAAUGGUAUUCCUUUCCAGCACUCAAGUUCACAAUCGACCUAGUUUUCCUUUGCCUUUGGGCAGGUAGCCAAGUAUGGAUUUUUACCAGGUGCAAGAGAUGCACUUAUUUAUUUAAGAGGAUAUAUCUCCUCAAGAGUUAAAAGUUUAAUUUCUUUUUUUUUUAAAAGGCAGUUGACUAGAAGGACAUAACUUCGAUUUUUUUUUUUCAAAUACACAAUUACUAUUGGUUGGUGUGGGCUGGAGAUUAACAAAUUAAACAAAAUAUGCUCUUAUGUGUAAUAUGAUUAGUGGGUGUUAUUGUUUAAUAUAGAAUAGAUGUGCAGUUUUUUUUUUUUUUUUUAAAGAAAUGCUAGAUGUGAGGAAAACAUACAAAUCAAAAACAGCAAAGUUUCUUGAUCGAUAAAGUUGUCAAAUGUGCCUUUAAACAAACAAACAAGACCUCUUUUCUGUGAAGUUACUUCUAGUUCAGUUUUGGAGUAACAUCUGGGUUACUUUAGUAUAUUAUCUGAAUAAGAAAUAAUGCAAAAUAGUAUAUAGAAUAUGUAUGUAGCACUUCAUAGGAGGCGAGAUUAACAUAGCAUAGACCGAAGCUAUUUAUAUAAUACAGUAUAGCAUUGUAAAACAUAAGGGGGAAGUAUUUUUGGUUUUAUAAAUUUUCAGUAACAUGCUUACUAAGCCUUGGUUCCAUAGUAUUAAAGGCCAGAUAUAUGAGAUGAGAGAACUAGGUUGUGUAUGUGUGUGUGUGCGUUAAUGAGAGAGUGCAAGGGAGAAGAAAGAUACAAUCUCUUUUUUUUUUUUCAAAAUUAUUUAAACCACAAAAUUGCAACCAUUUAUUUUACAAUAGCACCCCUAAUAUCUAGAAGAAAUCAAGAAUACACCACGAGCAACUUCUUUGUAUAAAACCCAUUUCAAAUGACUACGAAUUGACAAAAAAACGUAAUUUGUUUCCUCGAUGAACAAUAUAAGACAUGUAUUAAUUUUGUUUGUAUGCCUAUCUUAUGUAUGUCAGUAAUUUGGAGAAAUAAGCUGUGUAACCUGUGAACACUUGAUUAAUAGUUUAAUCAUGAUUAAAGUAAAAGCUUGUCCCUGAUCAUAGAUCUAUAUCUGCAAAAGCAACUAGCAUCCAAAAGGAAGCAUAACAGUAUUUGUACCAUCAAAGGAGCUUCUGGGCAGCACUCAUGUUGACAACUACAAAUGCAUGUUGGGGCAAGAUUUGGGUGAAGACUGGCAGGGAUGCAUAUACCUUCUGUUCAGUGAUAGAAUUAGUGUGGCUUUAUUAUGCUAAGCAGCCAGCGUGGUUUGCAU